GUUAUUUUUUUUCCUUUUGUCUGUAGAUCUGGUUUAGAUCUAGGAUUUUUCUUGUGUUUUUUUCCUUUGUUAGUUUUCGUUUGUUUUGUUCAUGUCGGAUCUGCGGAUUGGUAGUCCAAAUCAUUUUAUGAAAUCAUUCCAAUGAUGCGUCGAAUCCGUAUUCUUCACUCGUUCUCAGUUGUAUUCCUUUACUGGUUCUACGUUUUCUCAUGAAUUGGCUCACCCUCUUUGUUCAUCAGUCUCCUUAAUUUACAUCUAACCCCCUAGAUAGGUUUUCUGACUACUGAGAAUUGGAAAUCCUUUAUCAUUAUUCAAUUUUUUAAAUCAUAUUAAGUAUUCUCCCGGGUAAAAGAAAGACUGAACACUUCUCUUGAGAUGGCUUCUGCGCAAGUACCAGCGAGUUCAUCCGAUUCAGACCCGCGAUAUGUGAACAUUGAUGAGAGGAAAAGGAAGAGAAUGCUUUCAAACCGGGAAUCAGCACGGCGAUCACGAAUGAGGAAGCAAAAGCAGCUCGAAGAUUUGGUUGAGGAAGUAAGUGCAUUGCAGAAAGGGAACAGCCAGAUUUCUGAAAAGAUCAGCGUCACCAGCCAACGGUACAUCGAGAUGCAAUCGGCUAACAACGUUUUAAGAGCUCAGGCGAUGGAGUUGACUGAGAGAUUGCGCUCCCUGAAUUCGGUGCUGCACAUUGUGGAAGAAGUAGGCGGUUACGACAUUGAUAUCCCGGAGUUUCCAGAUCCUCUGUUGAAGCCGUGGCAACUCCCCUGUACGAUACAACCAAUUAUGGCUUCGGUUGAUAUGUUCGAGUGUUGAUGGAUAGACUCUUCUUCCUUGUUGGACAAAUUUGAUUUCUUUGUUGGAGUCUGUACUUAUUUAUUGUUCGUUAUCUUUUCCUUCGCCCUUUCUCUGGUUUAUGUCAAUUUGCAUUGUGCUGAACCGAGAGUUUGGGUUUUGCAGAAAAGCUUUUGUACUGUGGAAACAUGAAUUGGAAUGGAUUUGGAUGUAGUUUGCUUGAGAAUAA